AUGCGUUCCGCCGUCAUCAUCGCUGCCGUGGCUAGCAUGGCCACGGCCAACCCCGUCGUUGUCCGCGAAGCUACUUUCCAGGACGGUAUCGACCUGAGCGUCUUCGAUGCUGCACCCGCGGUUACCAAGACCGGGCCGGCGGUUGGUGCUGUGAGCGAGACGCCGUCCUACAACAAAGCUGCCGCGUCGGCCGCCGCUGUUGCGGACGCGAUCGAAAACCCGAUCUCUUCCUCCGCCAACAACUCGACUCUCAAGGCCCGUUCCGCUGCCGGUGACGCGGCCAUCGGCGACCCUAGCGGUUGCUCUACACUGGAGCCCGCUGGAUCCGGCGGCGUACAAACCACCGACAGCUAUAACGCAUUUAUGGUCAACCAGACGUUGAAAGACAUUGGCAACAACGCCCCGGUUCCCCAGGGAUACCAACUAUCCUUCUCGGGGAAACAGGGCUCCACCAGCCAGAACGGUUACUUGGGGCUUUACACCUUGAAGUCCUUCGACACUAUUCUCUGUCAACAGAACCCCCCCAGCACCAUCAACUACAAGUGCACGCUCUGGGGACUGGCGGUCACCUCAGAUACUGCUACCAACAAUGGCCAGUGGAGACAGCAAUUCCACGUCGGUAUCACGGCAUCCAACGGCUACGUCAAGAACGUUAAGCCUGACGCGGCUCCCGGCUUUGACGGCCCUACUGCGUUUGGUGGUGCAAUUAACGCCCCCGACAAAUCUUUCAUCGGCUCCAAGUACUUUCCCGGUCCUUACGACGCCAGUCAGUGCACCGCUGCUUGCCAGGGAACGACCCAAUACGACCGUGAUCACCCUAAUGCUGACGGCACCUAUGACGCCUGCAACUUCGUCAACUCCUACGUCCUUAGCGAGAACAACGCGCCUCAAGGAACUUACUGCGGCUUGUACACCAAGUCUUGGGACAAGAAAUACAGCACCAACUACGGCCAGUACCGCGGCAACGACUACUACUCCGUCUCCUCCAGCUACGGCUGGACCCUCAACCCCCAGGACCCUGGUCACAUCUAA